CACAACACAGACUGAUUACUAAACGCUACGCCUUUUUUCUGAGGGCGAAAUGUCAUUAAUAAAUGUUUAAACCCAAAUUUCAAGAGGAGCUAAGUACAAAGAAACAACAGAAUUUUAAUAAAGAGGAAAAGUCAAAUCAGAAAAGAUGAUAGCUAAACAGAAUAUUACUUAUUUUUAUUAAGUUUGAUUUCAUAUCUGCAUUGGAAGAAACCUGGAUGAUAGUAGAAUUUUGAAAUGUUUGCAGGCAACUAAAAGGACUACUAGGUCAUUAUAUCAUUCCAAAUCAAAGAAAAGAAAUGAUGAAAAUUUGAAGAUGAGAAGAAGAUUUAUAAAUCUAGUUAGCACUAUAUGACAUAUGUAAUGGAAUCCGUCACUAAGAAAUAGAAGCGAAUUAUUUAUCCAGGAGACUUUUAGAAAAUUUGUCAUUCUUCAAUUUUUCUCCCCUUCCUUAUUGUACAUAUGUAAAUAUUUCUAAAGGUGCACUCAAAAUUAUUUUUUUUUUUAUUUACGACUUAGAUAGUAAAGGAUAUUUUCUGCAUCUUUCAGGAAUCCAGUAUCACAAAAUAAAAUAACAAAAGAAUAAUUUUUCCAGCAGUUUUAAAAGAACUCAAAUAUUUUAUAAUUUUUAUUUAUUCACAUAUAUUUUGUUUAUUUCUACACACAUGUAUGAAAUACAUGUAUGAUAUUUUAUUUAUUUCUAUACACAUGUAUGAAGUCGAGAUUUUAUUCUUAGGGUUUGCAUUGCCAUGAAACAUUGAAAGAUUUAUCUUUGAUUGAUAAAAAAGACAGUAUUCAUAUGCUCUGUAUAAUUAUCAAGGGCUUUAAUUUCCAUUUCAAAGCUGACUGCCUGUUUGUGACUAAUAUCGAGUUUUUUCUAAUCGAAUUGAUUUUAAAAAUUAUUUUCUUCUCACUUAUAUCAUGGAGAAAUCAUUUGCAUGCGAUUUGUGUAAUCAAGUGUUUUCUCAGGAAAAAAAUUUGAAAAGGCAUUUACUAAUCCAUACGCAAGAGAAACCAUUUGUAUGUGAUGUAUGUAAUAAAACAUUUUCUCGGAAGUGCGCUUUAAAAAUACAUUCCUAUUUGCACACGAAAGAGAAAACUUUUGUAUGUGGUAUAUGUAAUAAGGCAUUUUCCCGACCGACCUAUUUAAAUAUACAUUUACAAACACAUACUGGAGAGAAACCAUUUGCAUGUGAUGUGUGUCAAAACGCAUUUUCUAACAAGUCCAGGUUAAAGAAACAUUUACUAACGCAUGCGAAACAGAAACCGUUUGAAUGUGAUGUUUGUAAUAAAGUUUUUGCUACGAAAUCAAAUUUAAAAUCACAUUUACGGACGCAUACGAACGAGAAGCCGUUUGCAUGUGACGUAUGUAAUAAAGCAUUUUCUGUCAAUUCAAGUCUAAGAGCACAUUUACGGAUUCAUACGAAAGAGAAACCAUACACUUGCGACGUAUGUUUUAGAGCAUAUGCUCAGCGUUCGGGUUUAAAAUUACAUUUACAGACGCAUUCGAACGAGAAACCAUUUUCAUGUGACGAGUGCAAUAUAACCUUUACUCAAAAAGGGAAUUUAAUGCGACAUGUACAGAGGAUGCAUACGAACGAGAAACCAUUUGCAUGUGAUGUAUGUAAUAAAGCAUUUUCUCUCUAUUCAAGUCUAAGAGCACAUUUACGGAUUCAUAUGAAAGAGAAACCAUACACAUGUGACGCAUGUUUUAAAACAUAUUCUCAGCGUUCAGCUCUAAAAUUACAUUUACAGACGCAUUUGAACGAAAAACCGUUUUUAUGUGACGAGUGUAAUAUAACCUUUACCCAAAAAGGGAAUUUAAUGCGACAUGUACAGAGGAUGCAUCAGAAAGAUUAAUUGUUUGCUUGUGACAUUUGCUUUUGUGCUUUUCCUUGAUUACAUGAUUUAAAAAGAUAUUUCCCUACACUACAGAUAUUUCCCUAUAUUUCGGUGGAAGAACCAUGUUCAUGUCCCAUAUGCAAUCCAGGUGUUUUCUUAGCACAAUUUCAAGAUAUAUUUAUAUAUUCAUACAAAAAAGAAACCGUAUGCAUAUGACUUGUGUAUUCAAGUUUCUUCUCGGAUGUCAAAUUUAAAAGCACAUGUUCGGUUUAUUCUUUUGGAAUGUGGACACACGUUUCAUUAUUUGUACAUAGUUUUAUUGAAAUGUAAAAUAUGUAUGCGGCUACAAAUUUAAAAUGUACGAAGACUUGUGCGUGAAUCAAGCAAUAAUUUGAAACUUUUUGGUGAUGUUUUUUUUUUAUUUUUUUUUUAUUUUAUUUUUUUUUUUUUUUUUUUGUGCUUUUUGCAACCUUUUGGGAAUAGAUAGUACUAAACCGAGAAUUAUAUUAGAUUGCGAUCGCUGGAUAUAUGCAAUUUGUGGCAUAUUACGAGUGAGAAAUUGGACCAGGAAUAACCAAAACGGUAAUGAUUGAUUAAAAUGCUCAAGCGGUAAAUGAAUCUUGUUCCUUCGUUUAGAAGACGAAUUUUCAUUUUUAAAAUGCGCUUAUUGCUACCAUAUUAUCGUUUAUAUUUAUAGGUAGUUGAAAUGAAACACAUUUCCGUUGCGUAAAGGACCUGAAGGACGAAGUGAACAAUAUUCGAAAAGAUGACUUUAUCAAUUUACAUAAUGACUGAAAAAAAAUUUACGUGCAUGAUUUUAUUGACAUUUCAUGUUUAAAAUUUCAUUGUUGGAAUUGUAUAUUUUGUAAAAAUAAAUCUAUUUUAUGUUGUUGAAUGUACAUAU